AUGGCUACAACAAUACCGGAAGCUCCAGAAGAAAGAGAUUUUACUUCAGAGCCUUCUCGAAGGACUAGUGUAGCUACAACGAUACCAGAGGUAGCAGAGGCAAAAGACUCUGCUUCGGGGUCCUCCUUCGAAUCCGACACAGCUACAAUGCUGCCGGAGGUUGCAGAAGAAAAAGAUUUUGCUUCGGAGCUUUCUCGCAAACUUGGUAUAGCUGCAACACUACCAGAGACUGAAGAAAAGAAAGAUUCUGCUUUGGAGAAUUCUCUCAAGUCCGAUAUAACUGCAAUAUUACGAAAGAUUGGGGAGGAAAAAGAUCUUGCUUCGCUGCUUUCUCGGAAACUGGACACGGUCGUGACGGAACAAGAAGUUGAAGAGGAAAGUCCACGUGGAAGAAGCAAUGUACGCAAUUUCUGGGGCAAGGUCAAAGGCUUGAGGAAGAGCAGUGGCCAGAAGCAAAAUAAUGACCGAAAUAAUGGCAAUGACCAGAAUCAGGGCAACAAUCGGAACAAUGGCCGUGGCUGGAAGCAUGGCGAUGAUUCCGGCCAGAGUGACAGUAACCCGGACUGGGACAUUGUCAGGGAGAACCGCCACCUGUUGAAGGACGAUGCUUCCAUUGAUUCUUCUGAUGACUGA